CCAAACCCGCACAAACACUUCAUAAAGCCGGCGGCAGAAACAAGCGGCAGCCUACGCCUCGCCACCAGCCCACAGGCCGCGCCGCACCGAAAAGACGAGAGGCUGCGAGAACGAGCGCCAGGAAGAACCGAGAGCGCCCCCGAGAUGUCGGCGGAGGAGCUGCGUCUGGAGCUGGACGAGCUGAGGCGGCUCGAGGGCCUCGCCAAGCGCCCCCGCGUCCAGUCCCUCCUCGCCAACGAGAUCCGCAACGUUGAAGCCAAGUUGGCGAAGGCAACUGCACCAGCGCCCGAGCCGCACGCGGCGGCUACCGCUGCGCCUGCACGUCCUGGUUUGAACUACGUCACGUUGGGGUCGUUCAGCUGGGAUCAGGACAAUGACAAGAUCAGGAUUUAUAUUUUCCUGGAGGGGGUUGAGCAAGAGAAGGUGGAGACUAUUUUUAAGCCAAUGUCAGUGGAUAUAAAGUUUCACGAUGUUAACCGAAAGAAUUAUCGGUGUGCCAUACCAAAGCUGAACAAGGAAAUUAUUCCUGAGAAAUGUAAAGUUGUGGUGAAGCCUACAAAGGUUGUUGUUACCCUCUGUAAAGCUUCUAAAGGGAACUGGUUAGACCUGCACUUCAAGGAAGACAAGUUCAAGCCAAGCAUGGACAAGGAGAAGGAUCCAAUGUCUGGAAUCAUGGACUUAAUGAAGUGCAUGGAUUUGCGUGUGCAGAACAUGUACGAGGAAGGUGACGAGGAUAUGAAGCGCACAAUAGCCAAAGCUUGGACCGACGCCAGAUCUGGGAAAACCACUGAUUCAUUGAGUGGACUACGUUGAGAUGGUAUAAAUGGAGACUGCGCUAGCCCCUGCAAGUGUGUUUUGAUGGUUGAAACAGCGUUUACAAUGUGUAGGUGCUAGUGCUGGAUUGUUAUUAUCUGAAGGUUGUCAUGCCAGAUAUAUCUAAAUAUCUCCUCCUUUUGAACGAGGAAACGUGAAGCCUGGGCCAUGUUUGGUUAGGGGGUGAAAAAUUUUUAAUGAAAACUUUUAGCAGUUUUGACUACUAAUUAGAGGUAUUAAACGAAGUCUAAUCA